CAUCCCCUGCCGCAAGCUCGCCGACCUGCGCUACCUGAGCCGCGGCGCGUCGGGCACCGUGUCGUCCGCCCGCCACGCGGACUGGCGCGUGCAGGUGGCCGUGAAGCAGCUGCACAUCCACAGCCCGCUGCGCGACAGCCAUUCAUCCAGAGCUUGAGUGGUUUAAGCACCAACUAAUCAUCAUCGCUUACCCAAUAACCUUCUCCUGGAGAUGUUUCUAUUCUGUUACUGCUGCUACCAACACCUCCAUCCAUGUGAAAGAAAUGAUGUUUUAAGAGAAGCUGAAAUUUUACACAAAGCUAGAUUUAGUUACAUUCUUCCAAUUUUGGGAAUUUGCAAUGAGCCUGAAUUUUUGGGAAUAGUUACGGAAUACAUGCCAAAUGGAUCAUUAAAUGAACUCCUACACAGGAAAACAGAAUAUCCUGAUGUUGCUUGGCCACUGAGAUUUCGUAUCCUGCAUGAAAUUGCACUAGGGGUAAACUAUCUGCACAAUAUGAAUCCUCCUCUACUUCAUCAUGACUUGAAGACUCAAAAUAUCUUAUUGGAUAAUGAAUUCCAUGUUAAGAUCGCAGAUUUUGGUUUAUCAAAAUGGCGUACGAUGUCCCUCUCACAAUCACGAACUAGUAAAUCUUCACCAGAAGGAGGGACAAUUAUCUAUAUGCCACCUGAGAACUAUGAACCUGGACAAAAAUCAAGGGCCAGUGUCAAGCAUGAUAUAUAUAGCUAUGCAGUGAUCACAUGGGAAGUCUUAUCCAGAAAACAGCCUUUUGAAGAAGUCACCAAUCCUUUGCAGAUCAUGUAUAGUGUAUCACAAGGACAUCGACCAAACACUAAUGAAGAAAGUUUGCCACUUGAUAUACCUCAUCGAGCACUUAUGAUCUCUCUAAUAGAAAGUGGAUGGGCACAAAAUCCAGAUGAAAGACCAUCUUUCUUAAAAUGUUUAAUACAACUUGAACCAGUUCUCAGGACAUUUGAAGAGAUAACUUUUCUUGAAGCUGUUAUUCAACUAAAGAAAACAAAGUUACAGAGUGCUUUGAGCACUCUUCACUUAUGUGACAAGAAGGAAAUGGAGUCUUCUCUGAACAUACCUGUUACUCAUGGACCACAGGAGGAAUCGUGUGGAUCCUCUCAGCCCCAUGAAAAUAGUGUUUCUACUGGAGCCUCGGAAUCCCUGUCAGCUCCUCAAGAUAAUAAUUUUUUAUCUAGAAAAACUCAAGACUUUUCUCCGGUGUGUCACUAUCCAGUAAAUCACAGUUGCAAUAGUAACAUCUCUGCAGCUCAGAAGUGGACGUUUUGUGAUCACAAGACCACCCCAUGCGCGUUAACAGUAAUAAAUCCAUUCUCAGCUGAGGGAAACACAGAGCGAUUACAGCCUGGCAUAGCCCAGCAGUGGAUCCAGAGUAAAAGGGAAGACAUUGUGAGCCAGAUGACAGAAGCCUGCCUUAACCAGUCGCUAGAUGCUCUCCUGUCCAGGGACUUGAUCAUGAAGGAGGACUAUGAACUCGUUAGUACUAAACCUACAAGGACCUCAAAAGUCAGACAGUUACUGGACACCAGUGACAUCCAAGGAGAAGAAUUUGCCAGAAUUAUAGUACAAAAGUUGAAAGAUAACAAGCAAAUGGGUCUUCAGCCUUACCCGGAAAUACUUGUGGUUUCUCGAUCACAACCUUUAAAUUCAUUUCAAAAUAAAAACUUAUAAGUGACUCUUUUUCAAGAAGAAAAGUCUUUCUAUAAGAGGUUAUUUUAUAUUUCUGUUGCCUUUAUCAUGUCGUUUUUAUAAAAUCCACAUGAAUAUUAGAAGUUUUAAUUGAAGUUUCUUCUUCAGGUAAAUAUUAGUCUUCUUCCAUAACAUUAUAGUAUGUUUUUAAAUUAAUAUAUUGGAAAGUUUGUGUUUUGCUACAUGGUUCCAUUGUUUUGUCUCCUUGGUUAAUUGAAAUUAUUUUUUAAAUGUAAUAGUUCUCAUAUAUCACAAUGCCUUGAGGUGUCAUGCAUUGCUCAUGGAAGCCAUUUUCAUAUUCACUUUCCUUGUGGAUGAUUUAUUACUUGUCAAAGAUACAGUUUGGCUUUUGGAACUUUAACCUUUAUACUCAAAUUAGAGUUAGCGCACCAUUUCUAACAUAGAGUGCCAGGUUCAAAUCCUCUCCAAAAGGUUAUGCAUUAAACUGUGUUAUCCAGAUUACAUUUUUUAAAUCUUCUUCAUUGAAUUCUUAAAAAAAAAAAAAAAGUUUCAAAGGUCAAAUGAUACAAAGGAGAUGAAGAAAAAAAUCUUUCAACAUAUGUUUCUGCUCUCACUUCUAACCUCAGCUAGCAACCAAGGUGACUAAAACUAACAGCACAAUAUUUAUCCUUCUAUACCCUUCUUCCUACUGACAUGUAUAUGCUCAUUUGGGAAAGGGUUUUUCGUUAAUAUUAUUACAGUACAUCAUACUACAACCUAAUUUUUGCACUUAAUAGUACAUCAUGCACAGCCUUCCAGGUCAUGUAUAAAUCUAACUCAUUCUUUUUAACUGCUGCAUAGUAUCAAGGCUGCUUUUUUAUUUUUUUAACUUGUUCAAGUUUAGCCAAAACAAUAAUGAUACAAUGUGAAGUGGGGUUUUUUUUGUUUGUUUUGUUUUGGUUUGUUUUGGUUUAUGUCACUAAAUGAAAACUUACAAGGCAUAAUUGCUCUUCUGAAAAUGUUUAUUAGUAAUGUCAUCAAAAACUGUGAUGCAGGAUAAAUUUGAAAGUACAGACUUUCAAGAAGGACCAGACCCACCGUAUGAAAAAAGAAGAAGAAGAGUAAAAAUGACCAGAAAGCAUGGGGGCAAUUAUAUAUUUUAUUAAAAUAUUUAGUAUUUUAAUCUCCAUUUGGAGCUUGACAUUAA